UGUAUUCUGACAGUCGUGUGGUCCUUGGAUACAUUUAUAACACAUCAAGACGAUUUUACACUUACGUAACCAAUCGUGUGUCAUUCAUUCAGAAAAUGACUAAACCGGUCCAGUGGUCAUUUGUUCCAACGGAAAGGAAUCCUGCAGAUCAGGCUACUCGUGCUUUACCAGCACAAGACUUGAAAGAUAGCGCUUGGAUAAAAGGACCAGCUUAUCUUAUAGAACAAACCCAACCCAUCAAUGAAACAUUUGAAAUCAUUGACCCGGACAACGACAAGGAAGUGAGAUCAGUUGUCAUCUCCAAUAAAACAUGUGUGACCGCUCCGUCAUUGGGAUCUGACAGAUUCUCUAGAUUCUCAACUUGGAAGAAUCUCACAGAGACUUUCUCUUUGCUGAAACACAUUGCAGAAUCAUUCCAUUGCAACAGUGAUUGUGCGGGGUGGCAUGUGUGUUCCAAAUCCAAAACUGUUGAUGCCUUUCAGCAAGCAGAGUUGAUGAUCAUCAAGGCAGUUCAACGAGAGUUUUACUUUGAAGAAUAUGAAUCUCUAGUUCAUGGCGAACCUUUACUGAAGUCAAGUACCUUACUGUCUCUUGAUGUUUUCCUUGACAACGAAGGCGUACUGAGAGUUGGAGGAAGGUUGAACAGGAGCAAGAUUCCUCGCGAUGUCAGAAACCCAGUCAUCAUUCCAGGCCGACAUCACAUCGCUCUGCUUCUUGUCAGACAUUUCCAUUCUCUUGCCAAACAUCAGGGUAGACACAUAACCUCUGGAACUAUACGAAACGCCGGGUUUUGGAUCAUUGGAGGCAAACGUUUGAUCUCGUCUGUCAUCCAUAAGUGCGUUAAGUGUAGGAAACUACGUGGACAGAUGGAGCACCAGAAGAUGGCUGAUCUGCCACCCGAACGUGUAGAGCCAAGCCCUCCGUUCACUUAUGUAGGCCUUGACACUUUCGGUCCUUGGGAAGUGGUCACUCGGAGAACAAGAGGUGGAGCUGCACGUGCAAAACGUUGGGCCAUACUCUUUACCUGUCUGGCAACUAGAGGUAUCCAUAUCGAGGUGGUAGAAGACAUAAGUUCAUCUGCAUUUAUUAAUGCAUUCAAGCGUUUCGUUGCCAUCCGUGGCAAGGUUGUACAAGUUCGUUCGGAUAGGGGAACAAAUUUUGUGGGUGCAACAGAAGAUCUCCAAAUCGACACCAUAAACGUGGAAGAUGGACCUGUGAAGAACUUCUUGUAUAACAAUGGAACAACUUGGCUAUUCAACCCACCACAUUCCUCCCAUAUGGGAGGUGUGUGGGAGCGCUUGAUUGGGGUAACGAGAAGGAUUCUUGAUGCAAUGCUAUCAGAGAUACUCCCUGGUUCCUUGACACAUGAGGUUCUUACAACAUUUCUUGCAGAGGCAUCUGCAAUAGUGAACUCACGACUUCUCGUAUCGUUAUCGACCGACCCUGAAAACCCUCUACCUUUGAGUCCAUCCAUGAUGCUUACUCAAAAACCAGCCAUGACGAGUAUCAGUUUGCCAACAGUAGAUGAGAAGAACAUGUACCGUGCACAAUGGAAACGUGUCCAACACCUCGCUGAAGUGUUCUGGAGAAGAUGGAAAUCACAAUACCUAGACACUCUACAGAGUUAUCGAAAAUGGAAAUACGAUCGGCGUAACCUUUCAGAGGGAGAUGUGGUUCUGAUGAGAGACAAUUCAGUUGCACGCAACUAUUGGCCAAUGGGUAUCAUCACCAAAGUCUUCCCUAGUAGUGAUGGCAAGGUUAGGAAGGUAGAGGUCCGAGUAGUGUAUCGUGAAGGUGGAUCAUCGGUGUUCACGCGUCCUGUGACCGAAGUUGUGCUUUUGUUGUCUGACGAUUAGGCCAACUCUACUCUUACAUGUAUCUUCACAUUUUAUGACUGUGACUGUGUAGUUGAAAUAGCAAUUUAGAAGUGAUGUCAAAUAACAUCAGGCGAGGAGUGUGCCGUCCCGGCAAGAGUUAUCUUUUGACUUCUCUUAUAUUGAGUUAUCUCUCUUUGGAUAUUGUUUAGUUAUGAACCGCCAUAUUUUUUGGUUACACGUUUUUCUGACCUCGUGUUCAAUAUCGCAAAUUGUGGCCCAUCACAGUCUUUUUACCAUCAACAUCAUUGUGUUAUCAUAAUAAAUUCAACUGAAACACUU